CCGGGCCGGGCGGCGGAGUCGGGGUCCUGCGGCGGCGGGAAAAUGAUGGCCACAGGGGACUCGGGGCAGGUGCGCUACUGCGAACGCUUCUCCUACCUGUGCCUGAAGUUCUCGCUCAUCGUCUACUCCUUGUUCUUCUGGUUUAUAGGUGCCUUAAUCCUCUCCGUGGGGAUCUACGCAGAAGUGGAGCGCCAGAAAUACAAAACCCUCGAAAGUGCCUUCCUGGCGCCCGCCAUCAUCCUCAUCCUCCUCGGGGUGGUCAUGUUCAUUGUCUCCUUCGUGGGGGUCUUGGCUUCCCUCCGGGACAACAUCUGUCUCCUCCAAGCGUUCAUGUACAUCCUGGGGAUCUGCCUCAUCAUCGAGCUCAUCGGGGGCGUGGUGGCCUUAAUCUUCAGGAACCAGACGAUCGAGUUCCUGAACGACAACAUCCGGAGAGGCAUCAAGAAUUACUAUGACGACCUGGACUUCAAGAACAUCAUGGACUUUGUCCAGGAGCAGUUCAAGUGCUGCGGUGGGGAAGAUUACAAGGAUUGGGCCAUGAACCAGUACCAUGACUGCAGCGCCCCCGGACCCUUGGCGUGUGGGGUGCCAUAUACCUGCUGCUUCAGAAAUAAGUCUGACGUCAUCAACACCAUGUGUGGCUACAAAACCAUCGACAAGGAGCGCCUGAGUGUCUUGGACGUCAUCUACAUCCGUGGCUGCACCAAUGCCGUGAUCAUCUGGUUCAUGGACAACUACACCAUCAUGGCUGCCGUCCUGCUGGGCAUCCUGCUACCCCAGUUGCUGGGCGUGCUCCUCACUCUUCUCUACAUCACGAGGGUGGAAGACAUCAUAUCUGAGCACUUGGUCACCGACGGCCUCCUCGGGGGCGAGAAGCCAGACUUGGAGUUUUCGGGAGGAGGCUGCUGCAUGUGCUAUCCCGGGGAGCAUCCUCAGGGCCUGUGACCACCAGACCACCUGGGAGGAGGGGGUGGGGCAGGGGAUCUGGGACCGCAGGGGCGGAGCUGGAUGAUGCCAGCCCAGGCCUCGGCCCCUGCUUCCAGCUCCCUCAGCCCAGCUGGGCCCUGUCCAGCCUGAGAGUGUGGGAGUGGCAGAGUCCAGGGGCACCCACAAGCCCUUGCUCCUCUUUCUCAGGCUUCUCUGGGACUUGAAGGAAUUUGAGAAGCCGUUUGCCUAACUCGACCCUCCCCCUCCCCCAGGGACAAGGAGGCAGAGUAGGAGGCCGUCUGGCCAGAGCCCCUGUCCUGUUGGCUCACCCUCUGUCUCUUGCCUGAUGCUGACAGAUUGUGGGAUAGCGACUAAACCGUAGGGGCAGAUCUGGGGGUCUGAGAGCCCUGCGACCCCCCCCCCCAUCCCCAGCCGUGGUCCUGGGGUGGGGCAGUCUCACACCCCCCAGUUUCUAUCUCUGUCGCCUUACAGUCCAUCUGGGUAUUGAUUCAACUGCUGUUGUUCUGGGCCCUCUUGAUGAGGCCUCAUGCCCUCUUUCUUCAUCCCAGCUGGGAAGCUCGGGGCCAAAAAAAAAGAAAGGAAAAAAGAAAAAAAGAUUUCUUAGUUAAGCCUGAGUUGCUGUGUGUGGGAAUAGGCAAGCUUAGCUUGGCCCUGAACUGGUGCAUCAGGGGCUAGUCCUGUGGCAUUGAAGUUAAACUGUGGCUAUUUUUGUAUUGAUUUAUAGGUGAAUGGCAGAGGGGUAUAUGGGUGAAUGUGUUGAUGUGUAUGCCUGCCUGGUCCUAACCAGAGUCUUGAGGAGUGAUGAAUGUCCCCCAGCUGAUCAUUUGUACCAUUCUGUCCAUUUUCGAGGCUGUGCUGUGUCCAGUGCCUUGAGCCCCCAUCGGUGGGCUGCUGCUUUGGUGACUCCAUUUAUAUGUGACUUUUGUAACUGUAGAGUUUUAUACACAAAUAACAGACCUGUUUGAUUAAUCUGAAUCACA